AUGAUUGACGACAAUCCAACAAUUCCCGCUCUUGUUCUCAGAGUAGCCCACGACCAGCUUGGUAAUAUAGAACAAGAUGAGCUUACAAUUAACCCUGAGAGGGAUCAAGCAGUUCUUCCGAUAGAGCAGAGAUACAUGGAUUAUAUCAAUCUUGAUGUCCUUGCUCGAAUUGCAACCAUAGUCGAGAAAUAUCAAAUUCACGUUGGAAUUGAAGAUUGCCUGCAUAAGUGGAUCUCCAACCUCAAGGACUAUGUGGAAAGCACGUCUGUUCCUGAUGCGAUAAAAUGGCUAUGGGUUACUUGGUUGUUCCACUACGCAGAUCACUUUUUCAUAGUGACAGAGUAUUUGGUUAAAAACCUUACAAUGUCACUAGCAGAAGACAAUAGCUUGCAAUUUCCUAUACCCAUACAUGUUCUUCGUGAUCAACUUGACCCCUAUAUCGACUCGACUGCGACCGGAUUUGAACUUCGCGUUACAGAGGGCACGCAGCAUGAGGAUUCGUCUAACCUAUGUUUCGAUAUUCUUAACUUUGGAUUCCUGAUGAUGUUUUUACAAAGCAUGGGACUCUCGCGGGGUCGAAUGUGGGAUGACCCAGACUUUGACGGUGUAAGCUUUGCCGAAAUAGCGAAGAAGUUACGUGCCAAAGCAAGCCUAAUUGACCAGUUGGAUGAUAUGCCCGAUGAACUUUCGGACCCUCUAGAGCCAGUUUGGAGCUUCUGA